CCGGAGCCUGCCGGCAGCCUGUGCCACCCCCUUCUCCUGCGACCGAGGCGUGGCGUCAGGAAAACAGAAUGAAAACUCUUCAAAACAUUCCUCGUGCGCACCGCGGCAGGAGGCGGCCAUGGGAUUCCGCAGCGUAUCUGCCACGAUGCCUGGGUCUCUUCCAGUGAAUGCUGAAUCCUGUUGGCCCAAAGAUGUGGUAAUUGUGGCACUGGAAAUAUAUUUUCCCUCUCAGUAUGUUGACCAGACAGAGCUGGAGAAGUAUGAUGGUGUGGAUGCUGGGAAGUACACCACUGGGCUAGGCCAGGCAAGGAUGGGGUUCUGCUCUGACCGUGAGGAUAUCAUGUGCUUGACUGUGGUUUAGAAGCUCAUGGAGAGGAACAACCUUUCCUAUGAUUGUACUGGGAGAUUAGAAGUUGGAACAGAGACCAUAAUUGACAAAUCAAAAUCUGUAAAGACUGUCCUGAUGCCUUUUGAAGAGUCUGGUAAUACAGAUGUGGAAGGAAUCAACACCACCAAUGCAUGCUAUGGAGGCACUGCUGCUCUUUUUAAUGCUAUUAAUUGGAUUGAGUCCAGUUCCUGGGAUGGACACUCUGCCCUCGUGGUGGCUGGAGACAUCGCUGUGUAUGCCUCUGGAAAUGCCAGGCCCAGGGGAGCCAGUACUGUUGCUAUACUGGUCGGUCCAAAUGCACCACUGAUUUUUGAGAGAGGGUUGCGUGGAACCCACAUGCAGCAUGCAUAUGACUUCUAUAAACCAGACAUGGUCUCUGAAUAUCCUGUAGUGAAUGACAAGCUCUCCAUACAGUGCUACCUCAGUGCACUGGACCGCUGCUACUAUCGCAACAAAAUCCACGCCCAGUGGCAAAAGGAGGGGACAGACAGACGUUUCACCUUGAAUGACUUUGGAUUUAUGAUCUUCCAUUCUCCAUACUGUAAACUGGUACAGAAAUCUGUGGCUAGACUCUUGAUGAAUGACUUUCUCAGUCACCAGAACCCAGAAACAGCAAAUGGCGUUUUCAGUGGUCUGGAAGCUUUCAGGGAUAUAAAACUUGAAGAUACAUACUUUGACAGAGAUGUGGAAAAAGCUUUUAUGAAAGCUAGUGCAGAGCUCUUCAAUCAGAAAACCAAAGUUUCACUACUUGUUUCCAAUCAGAAUGGAAAUAUGUAUACCCUUUCAGUCUAUGGUUGCCUUGCCUCUCUUCUGGCCCAGUACUCCCCAGAGCAGCUUGCGGGACAGAGAAUCAGUGUGUUCUCAUACGGCUCUGGUUUUGCUGCUACCCUGUAUUCCAUCAGGGUCACACAGGAUGCCACUCCUGGUUCUGCAGUGGACAAAAUAACUGCUAGCCUUUCUGACUCAAGAAAAUGUACUGCACGUGAUGUCUUCGCUGAAAACAUGAACUGCUCAGACAGGGAGCCGAAUCCCCCCAUUCUGCGGCACUUUCAUAACAACACUAGAGCACUUUUAAAGGAAAGGCCUCUGGUCCUUAUUAAGGACCCAGAAUCUAAGAUCAUCCAGGGCUCAUACCCACUCAUAACAUGGGGGAGAGGAUACGGCUGUGUUUCCACCGAGCAAGGCCCCAGGCGGAUUCCUGGCAAGUAUGUGAAACUGUACCUGGACGCCGCACCACAAGAUGACCUCCCGGCAGAACACCCUCCUGGAGCACCACAAACAGCCCAACCGGACUCCAAUGCAGUCGCGUGGAGACAAUGCAAGAAGGACACCACUCCACCAAAUAUCAUCUCCCACGUCCUCAUCAUGAGAAGAUGCUUUCCGCUACCAGCUGAGACAAACCCAGUUUUACCUUCUCCUGUGGUCCCAUUCCCUUUCCCCUCUUACAUUUUCCCUUGACCCCCUACCCAUUAACCCUAGACUUUACCUGUUAUUUAUUUCAUUCUAUUAAGUUUAACAAAGG